AUGGCGCAUAUCUUCUCGUUCCAACCCGACAACCAGGAGGUAAGAGAGAAAGCACGUUUUUCAAGCCGUUUAACGCUAAAAAUUUAAGGGACACACGUGGGACAACUACCUGAUGCUCCACUUGGCGAGCGUUGAUAAGUUCACCCACGCCGAUCUGAAAGAGCUCUACGCCGACUUCAAGCGCAUCCAGAACUGGGUCAACAGCACCGACGUUGCCAUGACCGUUCCGGAUUACGAAGCCGAGCUCGUGCGUCCUCCGGAGAUUGUGGACGGCGAGGAAGAGAUUGGGGAGAAUGUCGAGACCGCUUCGGAUUCGGUCGACCUUAAGAGCAACGGAUUGCCAUCGGGUGACGGAGAGGGCAACGAUGCCGACGACGAGGACAAGGCUGACAACAAAGACGACGACGACGACGACGACGACGACUCCAACGACGGGCUCUUCGGUGCCUAUUCGCCCAGCAGCAUCUACGUGGCGACGGCGGCCCGCCUUAAUUAG